UCUUCCGUCACCAUUUAGUCUCCCCACGAAAUGUGCCCUCGUUGAUUAAAGCCAGUCCCCAGCGCCUCCAUCUGCUCCCAUACUCUCCUUUCUGCAACAUUUGCAACUGCAAAACGCAAAACUCGAAGAAGAAGAAGAAGAAGCUCAGACCUCAUUUUUCAAGUUUGCCGGCGGUAGGUAAAAAACCAAUCAAAGCUAAUGGGAGACCAAAAUCAGACCGCUCCGAAGCUACCAAUCCCAGGGAAACGCAACGUCCUCAUCACGAGCGCGUUGCCCUACGUCAACAACGUCCCGCAUCUCGGCAACAUCAUCGGCUGUGUCUUAAGCGCCGACGUUUUCGCUCGCUUUUGCCGGUUGCGAGGGUAUAAUGCCGUAUACAUUUGCGGAACCGAUGAGUAUGGAACGACGACGGAGACUAAAGCCAUGGAGGAGAAUUGUACUCCUCAAGAGAUUUGUGACAAGUAUCAUGCACUUCAUAAGGAAGUUUAUGAUUGGUUCGAUAUAAGUUUUGAUAAGUUUGGAAGAACAUCGAGCCCGGAACAAACGGAAGUUUGCCAAGCAAUUUUCAAGAAGCUAUGGGAGAACAAUUGGCUUUCGGAGAAUACAAUGCAACAGCUUUUCUGCAACACAUGCCAACGAUUCCUGGCUGAUCGGCUUGUGGAGGGCGCCUGUCCGAGUGAAGGGUGUAAUUAUGAUUCUGCUCGUGGAGAUCAAUGUGAAAAGUGUGGGAAGCUUUUGAAUCCUACUGAACUGAAAGAUCCUAGGUGCAAGGCCUGCCAAAACACUCCACAUGUUCGUGACACAAAGCACUUGUUUCUUGAGCUUCCUAAGCUUGAGGGUAAAUUAGUUGAGUACAUUGACAAAAUGUCAGUUGCUGGAUCUUGGAGCCAAAAUGCUAUUAAUACAACCCAGGCAUGGAUCAAAGAAGGACUUAAGGCAAGGUGUAUUACUAGAGAUUUGAAGUGGGGGGUUCCUGUACCACAUGAAAAUUUUAAGGACAAGGUUUUCUAUGUCUGGUUUGAUGCACCAAUUGGUUACGUCUCAAUUACUGCAUGCUACAGUCCUGAUUGGGAGAAAUGGUGGAAAAAUCCUGAAAAUGUGGAGCUGUUUCAGUUCAUGGGAAAAGAUAAUGUACCAUUUCAUACUGUGAUGUUCCCAUCAACUCUUCUUGGAACUGGUGAAAACUGGACUUUGAUGAAGAGCAUCAGUGUUACAGAGUAUUUGAAUUAUGAAGCUGGGAAGUUCUCCAAGAGUAAAGGAAUAGGAGUAUUUGGCAAUGACGUAAAGGAUACAAAAAUACCUGUAGAAGUUUGGAGAUAUUACUUGUUAACCAAUAGACCUGAGGUUUCUGACACCUUGUUUACAUGGGAUGACUUGCAAGCAAAACUGAACAAUGAGUUGCUUAGUAAUUUGGGCAACUUCAUUAAUCGAGUUUUGAGUUUUCUUGCAAAACCUUCAGGUCAAGGAUAUGAUUUCAUUAUUCCUGAUGCUCCUGAUGCUGAGUCACAUCCCUUGACAAAGGCAUUGAGUGAGAAAGUUGGUAAUCUUGUGGAGCAAUAUAUAGAAGCCAUGGAGAAGGUGAAACUAAAGCAAGGAUUAAAAACUGCAAUGAGCAUCUCAAGUGAAGGAAAUGCAUAUUUGCAAGAAAGCCAAUUUUGGAAGCUUUACAAAGAAGACCAACCUUCGUGUUCAAUUGUUAUGAGAACUGCAGUGGGGCUAGUGCAUAUUCUUGCUUGUUUGUUGGAGCCUUUUAUUCCAUCUUUUUCUGUUGAGGUGUUUAAGCAGCUUAAUUUGCCCCGAGAACAAAUUUCGCUUUCUGAUGAGAAAGGAGAUGUUGAUAACACUAGAAGACUGUGGGAGAUAGUACCUGCUGGUCAUAAAAUUGGACAUCCAAAACCUUUGUUCGAGGAACUGAAAUCUGAAAGAGUUGAAGAACUGAGGGAGCAAUAUGCUGGAAGUCAAGCUGAUAGGCGUGCUAGGGCAGAAGCAGAUGCUGCAAAGACUGCUGAGCAACUAAAGAAAACUGAAAUUUCAGAUGGCAAGAAACAAAAGCCAACAUCUGCUGCUCGCCCUAAGGCAAAGCCUAAUACUGCUGAAACAGAAAUUACCAUUACAAGACUUGAUAUUCGGGUUGGCAAAAUUGUGAAAGCCCAGAAGCACCCUGAUGCUGAUUCAUUGUAUGUUGAAGAGAUUGAUGUGGGUGAAGCCCAGCCUCGAACAGUUGUUAGUGGACUUGUGAAGUAUAUUCCUCUGGAAGAGAUGCAGAACCGGCUGGUUUGUGUUCUUUGUAAUUUGAAGCCAGCAACCAUGCGGGGUAUAAAAUCCCAUGCAAUGGUUCUUGCUGCUUCAGACGGUGACCACACCAAGGUUGAAUUGGUCGAACCACCAAAGUCCGCCACUGUUGGAGAGCGAGUUACCUUUGCCGGAUUCACAGGUGAGCCUGAUGAUGUCUUAAACCCAAAGAAGAAGGUAUGGGAGACUCUGCAAGUGGAUCUCCACACGGACGCAAACCUGGUGGCCUGCUACAAAGAUAUUCCUUUGACCACAUCAGCUGGUGUUUGCAAAGUUUCAUCCAUUAGCAGUGGGUCGAUUAGAUAGAUAGAAUGCUUAGAUAAUUCUGCCUCCCAAUGAAAGAAAAAACUGAAAAGAAAAGAGAAUUGUGAUUCUCAUUGUUAUAUCACUAUUAUUUUCAUUUUCUGCUUUACAAUUUCUCCCUUUUUUUUUUUUUUUGCUUUUUUAAAAUUUUGGCCCUCGUAUUCUUCUGUCAUGGAUAUGAAGUAGUACGAACUAAAAGAGCAGUGAGGAACAAAUUUGUUGUCGAUUGAUUUAUAAAUAGAACAUUACAACGGUA